UCGACCUCCAGUCCUUCGAUAUCAAUACUAUUUUACCACGUAGUAGACAUUUGUCGCCUGUAUUACCCACUAAGUUUAAAGAAGCCGGUCCUGUCCACUCCUGCUCUUCGCUGCCGUUGGCCAUCUCCAUCCGCCAUCGCGUCAUUCGACAUUUAGUGCUUGUAUCGUGCAGAGCGUUCUGGUUUUUUCAAGCUUUGGCUGUCACACGUAAGUAAAUUUGAUUGUAAUAUUUACUUUCCAGCCAUGAAAAAACAUAAGAAAAGAGACCGGUCAUCAAGUAGUGAUGACGAGCUAUCGAAAAAAGAAUUACUAAGAAGAAUUCAUAAGUUGGAACGAUCCCAAGAAAGACGAAGGUCACGUUCCCCUACAUACUCUAGUAAGCGCCAUCGGCGUUCGGAGUCGAGCGUGCGUUCUCGCUCUCGCCGACUGGAAUCAGGUGACCGACGCAGGCUAACUCGCUCUCCCACACAGACGCGAAAGGUCGAUUCUUCCCCGUCGCGCCAUCGACAGCGCUCAUGGGUGGAGCGGGGAGAGCUUUCCAGCUGUUCCUGCGAUAGAAGUCGAUUCUCUAGUCGAUCCGUCGAGACUGUCGAGAGCACAGGGACGCAUUCAGCCCGUCGGCGCCGAAGUUUUUCUGCAGAGCGAUACUCGUACGUAUCGACGAAUGCAGACGCAACCAACAAUGAGGGAUUCAACUUGCAUGUUGAAAACCUUGUACGACCAAACAGUCCAGACAAUAUUACAGCAGAAGGAGGCCAUUCUCCGUCACUAAUAAUAAAUAAUGACGUUGAGCUAGGCGACGAUUUUUUGGCCAUUUUAGGAAGCGAUCCAAAGGAAUGUGGAAAGUCAACUUUCCAACUUCAUAAGGCCAUAUCCUCGCGAUGGGAUCAUAUAUUGUCUAAUGGCUUAUCGGACGAGGACAAACGGGUUUUAAAUGACCGUCACAAAAUACCAGAGAAUUUACCCUUGUUAGUGCCACCUGAGGUUAACGCUGAAAUAUUGGCAAUUAUGUCAGCGCUUCAUAAAAAGAGAGAUUCUGGUUACUCGGCAAUUCAAAAUCAGAUUUCUCAUGCUCUUUCAGCUCUUGGACAGGGCCUUAAAAUAAUUCUUGAAGAGGGCAAUAAUUUUCCCAAGGAAUUAAAGGAAAAUUUGAUGACUCCUCUUUGGGAUUCAGGUAAAAUUUUAACCAAUUUAUUUUUUAGCCUAUCGCAAACUAGACGUACCUUGAUUUCUCAAACUGUAAACAGACAGGUGAAAGAUAUUAUAGAAAAAUCUGUUCCUGACACCUCCUUGUUUGGUUUGGAUUUCGGGGAAAAAAUUAAAUCUGCCCGAAUGCUGGAAAAGACAAUGGCGAAAGAAGAGGAGGGAGGAGAUCAAUUCCGGAAAACCGAUAUCGCCCAGGUCGUCCAGGGAGGGGGACGAAACCUUACAAGGGCCAACAUUCCUCGAGACACGAGAAGUUCUAUUCCAGGAAAAACAAGUAAUUCCGCUCACAACACAAGAUGGCGAAGAACCUUACCCUGGUUGCAGCAAAAUUAUCUGGAAUGCAUUACUGCUGAAAAAUUACCCAGAAAAUACAUUACGAACCGUACUUCAAUCAUUAUCAGCUGGAACGCUUAAACAGUACAAUUCCACCUAUAAACUUUGGUGGGGUUUUUGCCAAAAACAUUAUCUUUCUGUUUACAAAUCCGGGGUAAGUGAAGUUCUACAGUUUCUUCAAAAUCUGUUGGACAGCCGGACUAUACAAUACGGCACCUUUAAUGCACACAGAUCUGCGCUAUCCUUAAUUUUGUCAACAGAUAUAGCUAAUGAUUUUCGGGUUAAGAGAUUCUUGAAGGGGGUAAGUAACAUUAGGCCUACUGCUCCCAGAUACAAUCAUAUAUGGGAUACUCGGCCAGUCAUAGCCCACCUCAAGAACAUGUUUCCAAAUAAUGGAUUAACUUUAAGAGAUUUGUCCAUCAAGCUUGCUUCGUUUUUAGUCUUAGUUACUGGUCAGCGAGUACAGACCAUAUCCCUCAUAAAAAUUGAAAAUAUA